AUGUCGAUUCUGCUCAUCGCCUCAACGAUUAUGCUUGCUUCGGGUAUUGCGGCUAGCAUCUUUGGCUGCCUGAGACGGGGACCCGACGUACUAGAUCGAGCUACUUUCUUCUUGAGGGACAAUCCAAAUGUCGACCUGGCCCAACAUAAUUCAAUGGAAGACGGGAUAAGUAAACUCAAGAGGACGAAAAGCUUGCGUGUUUGCAUCGGCGACAUCAGGCCUACGGAAGAAACUGGUUAUGUUGCAUUCGGGAGAGUUGGAGAGGCCAUGCCGCUGAAUUCGCAGAAGAAGGAGAGGCGUUAUGCGUGA